AAGUAUUUUCAGCAGGAAUAAGUUGAUCUCUGUGAAGACGAGAUUCUUUCAAGAAUCAUUUAAACUUGUGUUUGCUCAGAGUUCAGAGCGAUAUAGCCUUAAGGCCGUGUCACACAGCCUAUACAUACAUUUUGGGCAUAUUGUACGGAUAAUAAUUGUUCAUACGUGAAUUCAUGUGGAAAAGUUGUGGUCUUUGCGUGAAAUGUUCACUGAUAUAUACCGAAUAAACCACGUUAACACCACUGAAGGAGUGUGAAUAAAACAUGCAAAGAACACGUAAGCCAAAGUAGAACAUGAACCGUGCGUGAUUAUUGUGCAGUUCAUAUGCAAUUCAUUAGUGAUUUGUGCGUCAAUUACGUAAUUUUAACGUGAUAUGUGCGGCGUAUGCGUAUGCGAUAUAAAGUUGUACAUUGGUGGUACAUGCAUGUAAAGUCUGAGACAUACGUGGAAUGGUCGUAGAAAGCCACACAUUUGCGAAUGCAUCUCACACAAUUGUGUAAGUUUUACGCAAUAAUUGCAUAUAAACUACGCAAAAUAUCUACGUAAAAAAAACAGCUCAAAACUUGACUCAGGUUAGAUUUGCAUUAAGUCUAGUUGAUCUUUUUAUUCAUGUUAAUAUAUUUAUAACCUACUCCUUUUUAUAACUUGAAGUUUAUGUUCCAUUUGUCAAUUUUUAAUUGUUGUGAGUUUGUACUUUGCUCUACUUGGGGCAUUUAAAAGACUGUUAUAUAUUGUUACAUGAAAAGUUAUAAGUCAAGUUGGUUGAUUGAAGGUUCAUUUGUUGUUAGAGAAACAUAAUGAGUGCUCAAUCUCCCCCAUUUAUUCCUGCCUGGUAUGCAGAAUGCUGCUGACAUUUAGGAUCCAUUGGUUCCCUGCUUUAGUGGCCCUUAAAGUCUAUUUUUGCUGCAGUGUUUUGCUUUGCAUGGUUUAUCAUAGCAGAGUGCGGCUGUGUGUUAUUGCAUAUUAUGGACAUGUUGGCAGGAGAAAAUGGCUUUGUGGACGAGGCUACCAUGAAAUUAGCGGCAUUGGACUUUACGUGACAGAAACUGACAGAUAUAUCUCAAAAGGCAUGCAAAAGCCUCGACGUUAUGCAAAGUUUUACUGUAGUUGUUGGCUCUGGAAGUAACGGCCCUUUCUGUAGACGGAACUGUCUGGUCCAGGAUGCUGAGAAGAGAAUGAAUUCUUCAGGCCAUCCGAGACAUCCACGUGUCUGUGCUGCUGUCCUGCCACGACAGUCGUUCUGCCUCGCCGGGACAUAAUCUGUCACCCCGCCCACCUUCUUUCACCUCUAAUAGUGGACAUCCAACAAGAGAGAAAGGUGAACAGACCCCCGUAAAUAUGCCUGGAUGGAGGUCUCAGUGGCAUCUUGUCCUCCUGAACUCCCUCACAUGUGGCCUGGAGAUCUGUGUGGCAGCUGGGAUUACAUACGUGCCCCCCCUCCUGCUGGAGGCUGGGGUGGAGGAACGUUACAUGACCAUGGUGUUAGGUAUCGGUCCAGUUCUCGGGCUCCUGUUCAUCCCUUUGAUUGGUUCGGCCAGUGACCAGUGCAACAGUUCUUAUGGCAGGCGGCGACCUUUCAUCUGGCUGUUAUCUCUGGGAGUGCUUGUGGCCCUUUUAAUCAUUCCCCACGCUGACAACCUGGCAGCCUUGCUGUCCUGGAGAGGCCAAACUUUUCAGGUUGGGUUUCUUAUCCUUGGUGUGGGGCUCCUGGACUUCUGUGGUCAGGUGUGCUUCACCCCGCUGGAGGCUCUCUUGUCAGACCUGUACCGCGACGAGGAGGACUGCGGCCAAGCCUUCGCUAUGUUCUCUUUCAUGGUCAGCUUGGGAGGCUGCGUGGGAUACCUGCUACCUGCACUGGACUGGAGCAGCGGCGUGCUCUCCGUUUACCUCGGGGGCCAGGCCGAGUGCCUCUUCUCCCUACUCAUCCUCAUCUUCAUUUCCAGCGUGCUCAUCACCAUGACCGUGUCGGAGGAACCCUCUCGGGGCAACGGUGCGGUGAUUUCAGGGUCUUCACUGGAAUCGGGGACCGGCGCGGCAGAGGCCGGCCGCUGUAGCGUCCCUCGCUUGUGCUGUCACCUGCUCAAGCGUAAACCCAGGCUGCUCCAAGCGGGCCGUUUGCUCUGCUUUCUGAGAACUUGCUGGCUUGUGACGCCGGCCAUCUUCCGGAGCUACUGCCACGUCCCCAGGGUGAUGAAGCAGCUGUGUGUGGCUCAGCUCUGCAGCUGGAUGGCCGUCAUGUCAUUCAUGCUUUUCUACACAGACUUUGUGGGAGAAGGAUUAUAUGAGGGUGUACCAAGUGCGUCACCGGGAAGUUUGUCCAGACAGAGAUACGACGAAGGAAUCCGUAUGGGAAGUCUGGGCCUGUUCCUACAGUGUGCUACCUCGACCUUCUUCUCUCUGAUCAUGAGGCGUUUGGUUCGCCGCUUUGGUUCCCGAUGGGUCUACCUGAGCAGCAUGUGGAGCUUCACUGUCUCUGCUUUGGUCAUCUGCCUGUCCAAAAGUGUUGUUUUAGUCACUGCAAUGACGGCGCUUACCGGCUAUGCCUAUGCAACGCUGCAGACUCUGCCUUACACCCUCACCUGCCAUUACCACAAAGAGAAAGAGCUCUACAUGCCAAAGAGAAUUACCAAAAGCAAGCGUGAAAAUGGAAUAACAGCCAACCGGGAUUCUGUGCAUUUGACUGCUACGAGAGAGGAGGAGGAUGAAGAGGAAGGCCUUUUGAACCAUAAAAAGAGGUCGUCUGAUCAGCAGCCCCUCUUCAGCCCGGGCAGUUUUGAACAGCUGAAGAACGGCCCGUCUCUCCGCCCCAGCGCCGUCGAGCAGGAGGAAGCAGAGUCAGGAUUUGAGAAGCGCGGCGUGGGCUUGGACUUUGCCAUCCUAGACAGCACCUUCCUCCUCUCUCAGGUUUUCCCCUCCUUCUUCAUGGGGAUGAUUGUUCAGUUUUCCCGCUCAGUCACUGCCUACAUCGCCUGCUCCGCCCUCUUCGGAGCUGUGGCCAUCUACCUUGCCGAUCACGUUGUCUUUGACCAAAAAGACCUCAGGCGUUGAGACUUGGUGCUACAGAUGGGGGGGUGGGGGGUGCUGGUGUUUGAAUUGUAAAGCUGCUACAGAUAGAGCUCAAGAAUGCACUACUUUUCCACGGAUGCCUCGUGGUCGUUUUUAUGUCUGGUAGGUUUUGAAGAAGUAACUAUCCCAAUAGUUGGGUGAUGAGCAGCGAGCAACUUUACCAACCACCUCAGCCGAUGACUGUAUAUGAGAACUGGACUGAGUGACCCUCUUCCCCAUGUCGUUCCAAGCAGGUAUGGCUCCAAAAAGCCAAAAUGCAAUGGACUCCUAAAUAGCUUUUACUUACUCAGUCAUUUUAUUGGUCAGAAUAGGCAUUAUUGCUCUGCUAUUUUUUUUUUUUAACAUAUUCUUGCUAAUCCUCAUUGUUUUCACUUUUUUUUUAAAUUUAGUGCAGGUUAAUCAACUUCUGAACUGGCCAAUC